GGUGUUUGUGCGCAUCAACUUCAGCCCCGUUAUUUGCUUCGCACUGCCACUGGACUCGAAGCUGUAGCGAAAUAAAAAGAUGACUAGGCCACCAGUACGCCACCCACUGGCGUGCGGUUGCUUCUGCAAUACCAGAGACGCCUGGCACGGCAUGCCCACGCGCGUCGACUGCCCUGUAUCAGGCGUUGCGCCACCGGUUUCCGAAUAGUUUUCCAACACACCCGCGUGAACAUGGCAUCUACCUGCACAGACGACAAAGCACGACUGGCCGCUCCCGUUGCCACGAUGUCUGCUUCAUCUGCUCAAGCAGACCUCCCUCCCGGCGGCCACGCCGGCAGCAAGAUCCCGUCUCUCUUCGCCAUGUUCAAAGUCCUUCAAGCGGGAAAGCAGCAUCCACUGGAGCUGAAAGACCUCCCAACCGCUCCAACGUAUCGAAAGGAGUACAAGACCUUCCGCAGGCUGUUUGAGCGGAAGAAAUCUGUCCGCAAGGUGCUUUGGCAGAUGUACGGAACAAAAUGCAUUGCGGCACAGGUGAUCUAUUUGUUUGGCUUCGUGCUUCCCACCUUUCUCGGGCCGUUGUUUCUGCAGGGCUUAUUAAGGGAACUCGCGGGGAAGAAAAACGCGUUUCGGGAUGAGAACUUUCUUGACUGCGCUGCGGAGGACGGUGCGGGUGGGUCUUGCACUUGGUACAACUAUGCCGUUCUUUCGGACUCUGUCAUGCUCGACGUCCACGUUCGAAAAAAUUCUAGAACAAAAAAGCUCGACAACUUCGUUACCUGCUUCGCAUUUCCAUUUACAACUUGCGUUUGAGGUGGACUGCUCUUUUGCCAGUCCUCCUCCAAAGCUACCUUCUCACAACUGUCUCCAAGGUACUACGCUUACGCCAUGAUCUUGUCCACCUUUUUCGCCGUUCCGUGCAGCACCUGGGCGGAGUACAGUAUGACGCAGAUCGGGUUGUCCAUCCGCGCGGUUCUCUCCAUUCUCGUGUACGACGUCACGUGCCUGGAGCUGGCCGCCCACGCCGCCAACCCCGCGAAGGACUUGAAUUUGGUCGCCCAGGACUGCCAGCGCUUUAUCGAGUUCGCGUUGCUCCUGCCCCGGUUCUUCUCCGCGCCGUUUGUGAUAGCGGCGGGCAUCGUCUACAUCUACGUGUUGAUCGGACCGGCGGUGUUCGCGGGGUUGGCGUUGAUGGUCAUCACGAUUCCCAUCACGAGGAAAAUCGCGAAAAAGAUGACCAAGCUGUCCGUUGAAAAGAUGAAAGCCGCGGACGACCGGGUGCAGUACAUGAACCAGGUGGUCGAAGGAAUCAAAGUCGUCAAAUCCGGCGCCUGGGAGGUGCCGAUGCUGCUAGAAGUGGAGAAGAAAAGAGAGAACGAGUUGGACAAAUUAUUGCAGUUCGCCAUUUACAAGGGGAUUACUGGCCCGCUGGCGAUCACGAUCCCGACGCUAGCUUCGGUGGUGAUUUUCCUUGUUUACGCCGCCUACUCGGACGUGACUUUAACCGCCUCGGACGCGUUUCCGGUCGUCGCGAUGUUGGCGGUGAUCAGGCCGCCGUUUGUGACGUUUCCCUUGGUUUUGAACCUGGCGACGCAGGUGUUGGCGAGUGUGAAGAGGUUCGACGAAUUUUUGUCGCGGGAGAGGCUGGCGCAUAGUCUGUGCUUGUUGCCUGGUACUAGAGAAACAAGGGAGGAAGCCGAAAAAUCCGAAGUGGUUGCGGACACGAAAGAGAGUGUCAAAGAAGACCUCGCAGCAGGGGACGUUGGUGAAGAUAGUCCGAAGCUCAUACACCUCGAAGACGAAUGUCAAUGGCACCAGAAAAGCCUCCCGAAUGGCAAGACUAAGCAAACACAGCCAGCGGGAACACCACCUGGACAAAAAUCAAAGCAGGACACGCUGGCUGCAAAGCAACCGCCCUCUCCUACCGCGAGCGUUGCCACUGGCAACAAGUCCGACCUGUCCGAAAAAGAAGAUUUCAAGCUGAGCUUCUGCUUCGAUUUGCAACCCGGAUCCCUAACCGUUAUCGUCGGCCCGGUUGGCGCGGGGAAGACUGCGUUACUCAGCGCGUUGCUCGGGGAGAUGCGAAGUUGCGCCGAAUCAGCGAGAACGCAAGACGUCGAAAAGGCGAUUGCUGCUUCGGAGCGGGAUGGCGCAGAAAAUAGACCUCCCACGAGAAGUUCUCCCACCCCACGACCGUCCGUCCUCCUGCGAGAAAAACUCAAACUCGGCAACACCAAGGGCAUCGGGUACUGUUCGCAGUCUGCCUUCGUACAGCACAUGUCGGUCCGCGACAACAUCCUUUUUACCUCGGAUUUCGACGAAACCUGGUACGACCUCGUCGUGAAGCUCUCCUGCCUCGAGGAAGACUUCCAGCAAUUUCCAGAAGGCGACCAGACGGAAGUCGGGGAGAGAGGCAUCACUCUUUCCGGCGGCCAGAAAACGAGACUGGCAUUAGCCCGGGCUCUGUACAAGCGGUUUUCCGUUCUUCUGUUAGACGACGUUUUUUCCGCCUGGGAUGUUCACGUGACGAGGAAAGUUUUUCGCAACUUGAAACUGUACAACAGCGUUUUUGGAACGACCGUGAUCUUGGUCACACACAACGUGGGGUUGUUGACUUCUGCGGUGGCAAGGAACAUUGACGAGAGCGAGGAGCUGCAGGUGAAGAACGAAAAUGAUUUGCCGGCGCCGGAUGCAAGUAACAGCGAUCCUCUCGUCCACAGCCCGCCCGCUGAGCCAGCUACAUCAGUUGAAACCAUAACCGGCGACCUUGAUCCAGCGAUAGAUCAAAUCCUGCAAGUCGCGAGCGGUGGCACAGUGACUGCGCAGAAAAAUCCAAACUACAGAAUACAGGCCGCAACGAUGACUCCAGCUCCUAACGGAGACAGGUUUGCUGCGAAGUGCUCGUACUUGCAGCGUGUGCUCGAGUCUGUGACGUCGAAGGAAGGUCAGGUCCAGGUGGGAAAAGCAUUGCGUGACGACACUGCUGCAAUUGAACAAAUUACUCUCGUCGAUGAAUCAGCACCGGAUGCAGCAGAAAGCGCAACCGAAGCUCUCCCCGCGACCCCGAUCGCCAAAGCCGUUGCGCAAACCACGUUGGUCGAGAAGGAAACGAAGGAAGAAGGCGCCGUUUCCCUCCAGGUAUGGGCGGUGUACCUCCUCUCCGGCAACCAUUCCUUCGUCUACGCCGGUCUCUUCCUUGGCUCUUUUGUUCUCGCCGAGGCAGGUUACGUGGGGAUCGACGCCUGGCUGGCGCAAUGGACCAAUGACAGCUUUUCCGAGCAACCCUUGGGUUUUUACCUCGGGAUUUACGGCCUGAUUGCGUUCUUCUAUCUCUGCGCGCAGCUGCUCCGAUCCGUGUGGACGGCGUAUUUUGGGUACUACUCUGGCAGAAAUCUCCACCGGCAAAUGCUCUACGCGCUCUUCUUCGCCCCGUAUAUAUUUUUUGAAAAGACGCCUAGCGGUAGAAUUUUGACCCGCGUGACGAAGGACAUCAACGACAUUGACAUGAUGCUACCGGAUCGCGUGCAGUUCCUGCUGAUGUGCGGGUUGAGAUGCGUGUCGAUUCUCAUCGUGAUCUCCGCGACCAGCUACUUUUUCGUGGCGUUUCUGGUCGUCGUUGCGGUGCUGUAUUACUACUUGACCCUGUAUUACCGGUUUUCCAGCACAAACCUCCAAAGACUAGAAGCGGUGACCCGCGGCCCGGUCACCUCGAAAUUGACCGAGUUGAGCCAGCAGGGACUGGUGAUCGUGCGCUCGUUUCGGGUGCACGAGACCUUUUCGGAGCAGUAUGCGAAGUUGUUGCAGGAGAAUUUGGUCGCGUUUCAGACGGCGCGGCUGUUGGAAUUGUGGCUGACAACGGUAUUGGUUGUGUAGUGGAGCAGUGACAUCACGUUGUUUUUGUUUUUCCAGAAACGAUGGAGCCAUGAUGACCCCACGCAAACUGAAAACAAGGAGUGAUACAAGAUUUAGAUUAAGAUAUACAUUCCAGUUUUCAGGUCCUAAUGCUCCUUGGUGCCCUUGUGAUUGGCGGCUGCAGUCUCUCCCUCCUCCUCCUAAACGAACUAGAGCCGAACAGUAUGAACCCGGGGAUGUUGGGGCUUUCCAUCACCAUGAGCUUCAACAUCAUCAUGAACAUGAACAUGGCGGCGAAAUCCUGGGCGCAGGUGGAGGCGCAGCUGAACGCGGUCGAGAGGGUGUACGAGUAUUCUCGAUUGCCAUUGGAAGAUGAAAACUACCCAGCGUACGCGUUAGUCAAAAGAACCACGAAAAGGAGAAAAUCAACCUCUUUCGCUACAUUAGAAGAAGCGGCCGCAGCGUCGAAACCGACGGUCCUGGGGAAAUUGCUACUUGAGCCGGCGCUGUUGGAGCAACGAGGAGAAUUGCAGCAAGCAGUUACUGCUGCAAUGAAACCUACCACAGUUGCAUCAACAAAACCGCUUAACUCCAACAAGUUCAACCUGAAAAACGAGAUCACGUUCCAAAACUGCGAGUUGAUCUACCGACCAGGUCUACCGCCAGCGGUGCAAGAUUUCUCACUGACAAUCAAAGCCGGAGAGUGUAUCGGGAUCUGCGGCAGAACCGGGAGUGGAAAGAGCAGUUUGUUCGCGAUGUUGCUGAGGCUCGUUCCGUUACACAAGGGGAAAAUCUUUCUUGGAAAUAUUCACGAUGGAACCAGCGACGCAUCAACAAAUUCUGGCUUCGACAUCUCCGAGCUUCCGCUGCAAACUCUCCGCAAGUUCGUCACCAUCAUUCCACAGGACCCGGUUCUGUUUUCCGGAACGUUGCGCGACAACGUGGACGUUUUCAAACGUUUGUCGGACGACGAAGUGAUGCAAGCGUUGGAACAAGCGCAGGUUCCAGUACACCAGCACGACCAGGAUCGGGCGGAAGAGGUGGAUGGUACGAAAUCAGAUGAGGUGGGUGCUGCAGCGGGCGACCAGAACGGAGCUGACGUCCUAUUUCUUGAGGAGCAAACAGCCACUUCCCACGCGAACAAAAUUUUGUCGCUCCCCGUCGCGGCGAACGGUAGCAACUGGUCCAUGGGUGAACGGCAGUUGAUCUGUCUGGCUCGCGCCAUUGCCGAUCUGAACUCCAAAACGAGCGCCGCAACCAGUCCGGCAGUCCCUCCAGUAGGAAAUGUUGACCAAGGCAACGCUAUAGCGGAGAUUCUGCCAGCGAACAGCAAGCGGAUCCUUCUACUCGACGAAGCUACCUCAGUCGUUGACGCGGCGACGGAUGAAAAAAUCCAAGAGGUUCUGCGCGGCCCCGCGUUCGCCGGGCACACCAGACUGGUGAUUGCGCACCGGAUCGAGACGAUCCGAGACGCGGAUAGGAUUGUUGUUUUGGAUCAUGGCAAGCUAGUGGAAGCAGGGGCGCCUAAGGAGUUGUUAGAAAGGCCGGACGGGUUUUUCAGCAAAUUGUACCGGAAUAGGAUAUCAACGGGGAAUGUUGGAAAGGUUGAAUGACGCAGACGCGGCCGGGGGAGAGGCAUUUACAUUUCUACGACAAGAAGGAAAACGAGCUGUAGAAUUCCAAUUUUAGAGAGACAAUGUACGAACACGAUCACGAGGAAAAGGAACAUAUACUACGACAAUUUUAUCUACAUUACGCCACCUAAGUCUCUGUUUAUCGCUGUAGGAUUGGACAUUGGAAAAAGCUUUUUAUGUAGUAAAAUUGCACUUUUUGAAAGGUUUACGGGAUUCCAGAAAUCCCCUGUAUGAUAUUAUUGACACAACGAAACCUGGCGGCGCCUCUCCAUGUUUACCAAUACUGGAGAGGAACGACGAAUAGCUGCGCUGACAAGAAAGAAAUCAAAUGUAUUGAUAUUGAAGUGGAUGAAUUUAUUGGACACAGAACAACAAGGUAACGUUAACGAGC